CUCGAUUGAAGAGUUAGUUGAGUUACCGGACACAAACUACAGUCGACACUGCCUGUAUAUUCUGGGUCUGCUGUCUUAUUUCAUUUCUUUUACUUUUGCGUAAUUCUCGAGCUUUGUCAACCAUGGCCGACGCUCAACAAACUCCCACGCUUUCUCAGCAAUAUCACCUUGAGAAAGAACAGCUGAAUACAGCUUCGAAACCUGUUGAAGAAGUUGUGGUACCAGACUCUGCUACUGAGGCUGUGAAGGAAGCUGUCACUGCAGAAGUAGAGGAAUCCUCAUCCACCCCUGAAAGCAGUGAAACUCCUGAUGCUGCUAGUGGGGAAAGCAGUGAAACUCCUGUUGCUGCUAGUAGUGAUAGCAGCGAAAGUCCGGAUGCUGCUAGUGGUAAGAGCAGCGAAACUGCAGAUGCUUCUUCUGAAGAAAGCAGUGAAGCUGGUGAAAGCAUCACUGCUGCUACUGAAGGAAGCAGUGAAAUUACUGAAAAAGACAAUGUAGGUGAACCAGAAGCUGAAGAAACCCCAGGGAUAAAGCUUGAGACAGCACCAGCAGAUUUCCGUUUUCCUACUACGAACCAAAGCAGGCAUUGCUUUACUAGAUAUGUUGAAUAUCAUCGGUGUAUUGCUGCAAAAGGCGAAGAUGCUCCAGAGUGUGAUAAGUUUGCCAAGUACUAUCGUUCGCUUUGCCCAGGCGAAUGGGUAGACAGAUGGAAUGAGCAACGGGAGAAUGGCACCUUUCCAGGUCCUCUAUAGGCGAUCGCUUCUCCUCUAAAAGAUGAGUUUAUUUUGCUAGAUGCAUCAUGUCAUUGCAUGUGCCUCCAGGAUCUGCUGUUGACUUGAUCACCAUGAGUUAAUAAUUUGCCAAUUUUUUGGCAUGAUGUUAGAACUAGCCCGCGUUUGGAUACAUGUUGCCGCACAAGGAAAGUUUUUUUUUUUAAUAGUAAGAAGAUACAUCAAACUUCAUUUUCAUCAUUGAGUGAACGCUUGAAUACUUGUUACACAGUAAAGGAACAAAGGGGAUUUUGGGUUGGUUUGAUCUCCCACAAAUUACAUUUUAAUAAAGAUCAACUUAUCUGCUA